AUGGAUCCAGGGGAUAGCAUGUACCAGUCAGUGAGACCCAAGAGACAAGCACGACCCCCUCCUUGGUUACAAGACUAUGAAGUUGGUUAUGAGCCAGACCAGCCAAUAGAUGCAGCGCCAUAUCGCCGAGAACCCAGCCCUCCUCUCGCACGAAGCUUCGACGGGGAUGCUGCUCACACUGAGACGCCUCAGCUCGCCCCGAGUCGCUUCCGGAGGACCUCCAGAGAAUGGGACCACCAGCCCUCCCCUGUUCCUUUCACCUCUUACUCCUCUCCAUACCAUGAACAGAGUCAUCACAUGGAGAUUCGAGCUGUACAAGAGGAAAACGCUAAGUUACUCCAAUCUCAACAGCUGUUCCAGUCUGGUCUUCAUGAACUAAACAAAGCCCGGACCGAGAUGAAAGAGUUAAUAGAGGCUGCACGUCUACUGAAAACUGAAAUGCUCAAUUCACGUCCCCUGUACAGUCCAGUCAAACCGUUGCGUCCCACCAGCAGUGCAGCUCCAGUCACUUACCUCCCCCCUCAAGCAGAGUACCAGGGGGACUGCGAAUGGCCUGAUCCUCCACCUUGGCCCGAGCCUGAAGACAGUUACCAGCCUCAUGACCCGGCGUGGCCUCCACCCCCUCCCCCACAUCCCUACUUACCCACUAAGCCAAGCUGGAACCUGCAACCCGCUGUUAGGACACCGCCACUCAGCCAGCCUCUUACUCGUACAGCGCCACCUCGUGUAGCUGAGCCCCUCUACAGAGGCCCUCAACCCACAAUACCUAAGUUUAUAAACCCAGAUCCUAGUGAGUUUGCUAGACUUCGCAUAGCUUUAGAGAAUCUGCUCCCAGCUAACACAACCGAACUGUUCAGAUAUCAGAUACUAGUUGACCAUCUGAGGCUAGAAGAAGCUAGGCUUAUAGCAGAUGCUUAUUUAAACUCCUCCACCCCAUACACAGACACCAUGGCAGCCCUCCAUGAAAGGUUUGGCCAACCCCAUCAACUAGCUCUCCGGAAGAUAGCUAGCGUCCUUGAGGCCCCCGAAGUGCGAAGGGGGGACACAGCUGCUUUCCAGAAGUUCUCCCUGCAGAUUCAGUCUUUAGUUGGCCUCCUGCAGACCCUGGGCCCCGAGGGAGAUGUUGAGCUGAACUGUGGCUCACAUGUUGCACGUCUGUUAGGUACAGGUAACAGAGCCCUGCUGAAGAUUGCCCCUAUCCUUGUCCAUUACGGUGGCCGCACUAUAAACUCCUUCGCCAUCCUAGAUGAUGGGUCUGAAAGGUCCAUGCUGCUACCUGCAGCAGCCAAGGCUCUUGGCAUGAAGGGCACACCCGAAGACCUUCCACUGCGCACAGUUAGGCAGGAUAUUCAAGUCCUUAGCGGACGUCAGACACCUGGCCAGAAACACCCAGUACCCAACCACAGGAGGACACCACAGAGUUCCGGAAGUCGGUCUUCUGUGCCCUGGCCGUCACAGCAGGAACAGUUCAAGAAGUUUACAAGAGCUGGCAAGAGCUCAUUGAAGCCAAAGCUAGUAGCACCUGCGGACAAGCCCCCACCGCCGACGAGUACCAGCAAGCAGAAACGGCUGCGCUUCUGCAAAUGCAACAAGAGUCCUUUCCUGAAGACCAAAGGUUACUGGCAGCUGGGAAAUCAGUCCCUCCCAGCAGUCGCUUGCUAA